UUGAGGGGAUAAUGAAGAUACUGCAACGACAAUUUGGAUGAGAGACGUACAUUAGCUAUUCACUGUGCGCGUAGGACAGACUGAAUACGGUGUGCUUUUAGUACGGAUGAUACGGUUUUUUUAAUACGGAAUUUUAAACCACUGAAAUGCAGUGUUCAUAAUGUUUCUAUGCGUUUUGAGAUUUCUACCAUCGAAGCAGUGACGGAAGACCGAAACAUUAAUGUGAGCUGAAGGGCAACUCGUGCUGAAAUCUCCUAACCUGGCUCAUAACACGGUAAAUUUUAAUUUUCUCAGUACCCAGCAAUCAAAUAAAUAGGCAAGUGCUUGAAUACGAGCGACGGGGGAGGAGCACAUUCGUACUGGUGUGAUGAGGACGGUCAGCUGAUCACUGUCUGACAUGGCUACAGUUGACUGAAUUGGUCAUGGAAUGGAGGUUCCUGCAGUAAACCAGAGCUUUACCCAUCCACCACCGCAGCCAUGGGCCGGACAGAGCCACAGGACCCCAACCAUGCCUCCAGCCAGCUGUCCACCUCCUCCAUAUCACUACCCAAACCUUAACCCAGAUCCCCGGAGUGCAGCAGUGAGCGUGACCCCGAUGGCCAGUGCAACAGUUACCACAGGCCAUCGGCCUCAGUCACUAUUCUGGGACCCCUCACAGCAAAGCCACCAGGAUGUGUUUAAGCCUGUUCCUGAGAUCACAAACAUGACGACUCAAGGGAUGCCUCAGAGAAGCUACUCAGACUCAUUACCAACGAGUCCAGUGUCAAAUUCUAAGCCAGAGUCUCGGUACGGCCUGGAUCCUCAGCUUCUACCCAGUGUGGUUCAGGUGAUUAAAGAGGACAAGAUCCAGUGGGAAGGGAAAGUGUUUGUUUCAGAGCCCAAAUCCUCAGUUCCUCCUCUCUCCUCUACACAAUGCACCUUGGAGGACAGAGGUAAUGCAACAUCUCGUUUUAUCCGCUGUACGUCCUACAGCUUCCCUGUGGAGGCUCAGUCAGCUCAGAAGAGUCAUCUCCCGUUGGGUGCAAUCGUGUGUCCGCUGGCCAGCCCUGAGAGAGGACAACGUGAUGUGCCAGUGUGUGAGGCAGGAGAUUGUGUUAAGGGCUGUGUGCACUGCGGGGCCUUCAUGAGCCCUGCUAUGAGCUGGCAGGACUGCGGACAAAGAUUCUACUGUCCUUUCUGUGACAAACUCUCCGAAGUGUCAUGGCGGUCCUAUCAGCCCACUAAUCAGGGCCGUCGCGUUGACUGGGAAAAAAAACCUGAGCUCAGUCUUGGCUCAUAUGAGAUCCUGGAGAAACAGAUGGGUAAAGCUGCUGUGUUGCUGAUGGCGAUAGAUAUUUCUGCCAGUGCAAUGAGAACGGGACAGCUAGACCACAUUUGUCAGCAGAUUAGUUCUCAAUUGCAAGCUUUAAAUGGGCCCGAUGAAACUGACCAAUCAGCUCUUCGAGUGGGGUUGAUGACCUAUGACAGCCGGAUCCAUCUGUAUAACCUGAGCCCAGCUCUGUCCCGCCCCCACAUGAUGGUCAUCACUGACUGUGAGGAGCUGGAACUUCCUAUGGUGGAGGGCCUUCUGGUGCCACUGAAAGACUGCAUACACAUAGCUGAGAGAGUUCUACAGGAAAUUGUGCUUUUCAAUCCUGAAUCGGAAAACAGAUCCAGUUCACAAGAGCUUCCUGUUUCUGCAGGACUGAAGAUUCUUCAGGCUGCUGGGUCCCCUGGCAAAUUAUUGAUAUUUCAUUCCUCACCUUUUUCUGAAGGCACAAAUCAGAAAAACUCCUCUGGAUUCUUCAGCUCUAGCAAAGUGAAGUCCAUUUUCCAAGGACCCGAUUCGUCGACUUCAUUGGCUAAAGAGUGUGUCAAUCAAGGCUGCUGCGUGCACAUGUUUGUGUUCUCCCAUCAAGAAGUGGGCGGAGCUUGGCCGGGGCACAUUCCCUUUCUCACAGGGGGUGGGCUCAUCUCCUAUGACAGUCUACAGUCAGAGAUGGAACAGGAACGCUUCCGAACUGAUCUGAGCAGAUGUGUGAACAUGCAGAUGGCCUUCAAAGUUCAACUCAGAGUUUUUGUCAGUAAAGAGAUGCGCAUAUCUGGUUGCUAUGGCUCCAUCAUCGCCGGUCCCGACUCCUGCUGUGUUUCCAUAGCAGCGUUUGAUUGCCGCUCAGCUCUGGCAUUUGAGUUCACUCACAACAAAUCUUUGGAUGAAACAAGGGGUGUAGCUAUACAGUUUGUGCUGUCAUACAUUAGUUCCUCUGGAGAGAACAGGACUCGGAUACACACCGUAAUUCUGUCCGCUUCCCAUCAACUGCUGGAUACCUUUAGAAGCACCCAAGCUGAGACGCUCCUCACAUUCUACUGCAAGAAAAUGUAUUCGUUAGCACUGGAGAUUCCACUGCAGACCCUGCGGGAGGAGUUACAGACGGAGGUUACUGAGAUGCUGGCUUGCUUUAGGAAACACAGCUGCACAUCCUCUGUGUCCCCAGGACAGCUGGUGAUUCCUCAGUUUCUGAAAGCCGUACCUGCCUACAUUAACAGUCUGCGUAAGAGUGAAGUGCUGCUGCCUGGGCUGCGUAGCUCUGUACAUCAGCGUCUACAACUGCGUAGCCUCAUUGUCUCCAUGGACACGCGGAGCACUGCUUCUCAGUUCUACCCACUUAUUCUGCCUUUGUCUGUCUCUGCUGAUAAUGCCAACAUGCCAUCAUUAGGGGAAGCCGUGCGCUGCACUGUGUCUAGUCUGGAUCCAGGGGGUCUGUAUCUGAUCUACUGCCCACUGGCACUGCUCCUUUGGGUGGGCAGCUGUGUGCCUCCUCAUACUCUUCUACAGCUUUUCAAUACCAGCUCCUUCUCCUACCUCACAUCUGGAGAGAUCAAUCUUCCAGUGCUUGAGAACUCCCUCUCCAUCAGCACCAGAGCUCUCGUAUGCGCUCUGCAGUCUUCGGCAGCUGUUACUCUCCAGCUGAAAUUGGUCCGCGAGGGCUGUGAGGAGGAGUCUCUGCAGCGCCUCCUGGUGGAAGACAAGAGUCCUAACGGUGGAGCUUCAUACGCUGAUUUCCUUUUUCAUCUUCAUGUCAAUGCAUUGCGUCUUAUUGUUUGACAGUCUCUUGUUAUGGCCAAGGCUGUCUUGUCUUGGAAUAUUUGUAAUGCAUUUUGUGAUAGUUCAGCUCCACUGCUACCUUUUACCUAGCCAUUGCUGCCAUUCUUAAAUCAAUGAGAAACAUGAAUUCUGUCUUCAAUCAUUUACCUCUGAAAUACCUACAUUUUUUUGAGUGUAGUAAAGUCACAUUCAUUAUGACCAAGAGAAACGGCGAAUACUAAGACUAGUCCUUUAAUUUUCAAGGGCUCAGAAUGACUGAAUACUGUUUGAACUCCUAUCAAAGACUCAGUGAUUAAUUAUUCUGUAUUUCAAGUGUGGUUUAUUAUUUAUAUUUAUUAUUGCUCUUGAGUCAUGAAUUUUGCACUCUGAAUUAAAUUCAUGAAUUUGACCAACUGGCGGUGAGUUAGAAUGUACAUAUUAAUAUUUUAAGCAAUAAUAUAUUCAUUGAAUUUUUGUUUUUGUUGCAGCUGAAUAUUUAAUUUUUGAUUUUGUCACUGAUAUUUUUAUAUGGGCCACCAGCAUGUGAUCCUAACAUUACAGUUUUUUUUUUUUUUUUGGUCAAGUAAGUUUUAUAUUUGACGACAAUAAAAAAAGAUACAUUUACAAUCAUACAGAUGCCUCUUUCCAAUAAUUAAAAACAUAAACAAAC